GGGUUAUAUACCACCUCCCUUCGGUGCGUGAACUUGCACCAGUUGCGCCGCGUACCUCAUCGUGAACCGAGUUGCAGCCGCCAGUUAGGCCUGGCUCGUCCGCGCGCUCGUUUCUCCCCGUGUCUGGACAUGGUCCGCGUUUCCUCGGUCCAAUCUCUCGCCGAUCCGUGAUCAUCAUCAUCCCGUGUUGUCGACCGUCGUCGGUGAUCAUGCUGCCAAGAUUCUAAUCGUGCGAUUCUCGCGACCAGUGUGGCCUGUGGACAUUUUUCGAAAAGUGUGUGUUUCCUCUUUGCGGUGUGUUGCUUCGGACAGCCGCGGCGGGUGGAUGCGAGAUAGAGGAUGCCUGGUAACGUGGACUACGAGGAGGGUUCCGGAUAUCUAAAGCGUGCGAACACUGAACGCCUCCAUGAAAUCUUCAAUCAGUACGCAUCGCAGGAGAAAAAUGGCGAGCGGUUUAUGACCCCGUCGGACUUCGUGCGAAGCUAUCUUGGCCUGUACAUCGAUCCAGACUACAAUCCUGAUUCCGUCAAUUUACUUGCCGGUAUUGUCGACACUAGCAAAGAUGGGCUCAUAUCGUUCGCCGAGUUCCAAGCGUUCGAAGGGCUGCUUUGCGUGCCGGAUGCCCUGUACAAGACAGCUUUCCAGCUGUUCGACACUAAUGGAAAUGGAAUGGUUGCGUUUGAGGAGUUCGCUGAGGUGAUGCGGAAGACAGAGCUGCACCAGAGGAUGCCGUUUAACAUGGACAGCAGCUUCAUUAAGCUCUACUUUGGAAAGGAUAAGCAGAGGUUGAUCAGCUAUGCAGAAUUCAGUCAGUUCUUACACGACUUCCAUGAAGAGUAUGCAACAGAGGCUUUUAAAAAAUUCGACAAGGAGGGACAGGGUUUCAUCUCAGCGUUGGACUUUCAGGAUAUCAUGCUCAGCAUCAAGAGUCAUCUGCUGACACCGAAUGUCAAGGAUAAUUUGGUUGCUGCGGCAAGUAUCGGCCAGUCAGGAAGAAAAGUCAGCUUUCCGUACUUCAUGGCGUUCAAUUCCCUCCUCAACAAUAUGGAGUUGAUCAAACGUAUCUACCUGAACGCGACGAAUGGCCACAGAUACGAAGAAGUUACCAAAGAGAGGUUCCUCCAUUCCGCACAAAUGAUGUCACAGAUCACACCGCUGGAGGUGGACAUUCUCUUCCAGCUGUGCGACCUGCUCCAUCAAACGGGAUCUACGGAAGAUGACGAGGCAGACUCGCGGCUUGGGAAAAUUGUAUACAAUGAUCUCGUGGCUAUGACACCUGAGCAGUAUUUCAAGCAAAUUACGAAACGCCUAGCCGAGAUUAAGGCGGUGUCGAGCCCGGAUGAGCGUGGCAUAAUCGUGCAGAUACUAGAAAGCGGAUACCGGUUCGUGCUCGGCUCUAUCGGAGGAGCGGUGGGCGCGACAGCUGUGUAUCCUAUCGACCUGGUGAAGACGAGGAUGCAGAACCAGAGGACCGGCUCAUUGGUCGGCGAGCUGAUGUACCGAAACAGCUUUGAUUGCUUGAAAAAGGUAAUCCGGCACGAAGGUUUCUUCGGGCUUUACAGGGGUCUGCUCCCGCAGCUGAUGGGCGUUGCACCGGAGAAGGCGAUCAAGCUGACAGUUAACGACUUUGUCAGAGAUAAGUUCAUGGAUAAGAAUGGCAAUUUGCCCCUUUACGGGGAGAUUAUGUCCGGUGCCUGUGCUGGAGGAUCUCAAGUAAUAUUCACGAAUCCCCUAGAGAUUGUUAAAAUCCGGCUGCAAGUGGCUGGAGAGAUAGCUGGGGGUUCGAAGGUCAGAGCUUGGACCGUCGUCAGGGAACUGGGACUUCUUGGACUGUACAAGGGUUCUAGAGCUUGCUUCCUUCGGGACAUCCCCUUCAGUGCCAUCUACUUCCCUAUGUAUGCUCACACGAAAACCCGAUUGGCGGACGAGGGAGGUUACAACACACCCCUUUCGCUCCUGUUCGCUGGUGCAUUCGCUGGUGUACCUGCAGCAGCAUUGGUCACUCCUGCUGAUGUGAUAAAAACCAGAUUACAAGUGGUAGCAAGAGAGGGUCAGACAACGUACAAUGGUCUGCUGGACUGUGCAAAGAAGAUUUAUAGGGAAGAGGGAGCUAGGGCGUUCUGGAAGGGAGCAUCAGCACGAGUGUUCAGAUCGUCGCCUCAGUUUGGCGUCACCCUGUUCACCUAUGAACUCCUGCAGAGGCUCUUUGUGGUUGAUUUUGGAGGAUCGCGACCCGCUGGAUCCGAGCUGAAGAUACCAGCCACAGGAGUGGCACAAGAGAUACGAUCGACGAACCCGGACCACAUAGGCGGCUACCAGAUAGCGUUGCCAAUCUUCACGGGUAUAGAAACGAAAUUCGGUCUUUGCUUGCCCAGGUUCCAGGCGAUCUCUCCAGGGAAACAACUAGAAAAGUAAGGUCGUAGCGAGCCGUCGUCGUUAGGAAAGCAAAAAGAAAUGUACGAGCUCCAUAGAAUCACAAGAAAUAACCGAGUCGAUCCGAGUCUUUUUUCGAGCUGUCGUCACUGAUUGAUCCGGCGAGCGGAGUCGCGCGUUUUAAGCCCGGCUUCGCGCUAGGAACCAUCCUCGGAUUCGCGCGGGCUCCUUCGACAGAGUGUCUUAUGUAAAAGGGAACUAAGAAGAGGAAGCGGAAGAUGACAGGGAGAUAUUCAAGAGCCGUAAAACCUGAAGGAAUCCGAUUACCACGAGACCAGCCUGGAUCAAGGAAAACAAUGUAGCGAUCUUUUAGGAUUCCUUUAGUGGACUUCAGUUCCAGAGCGAAAAUUCAACGCGCACAAGACAUCUUCGGUGAUCGUCGCUGAGAGUCAACCAUCAUGGAACUCUAAGUAGAGGUCCAAUCUCGAAACGGUUUAGCCUAAAGACCACUAUUGAGAACGUUCUUCACCGAUCCGUUUACGCUUAACCGAUUAUGCGUGCAUAGAGCUCGAAUGGAUUGACGAUGAGAAGAAGCAGAACGUUAUUAUCUUUCUUUCAAUUAUAAGGCCUCCCAGCGAUUGCAACCAGAAGAUAGAUGAUUCCUCGCGCGAAGACAAGGCGAAAUUGAAUUAUUCCAUUUUCGUCUUACCUUCUCGCUAGGAAUCAUCAUUUAUGUUUAGGUUAUUCUGCGAUCACUGGGACACCUUUUACAGUUCCCGUCAUUUAGCCUGCACCCUUGCGUUUUACCAUUUGCAUUUGAUUCUGCAUCGACGCAGCAACAAUAUUUCGGUAACAACGCUGUACUUCUAUGGACUAUUCUAACUGGAAGGAAACCGAGAAGAAGACGCGGAAAGGGUGGGAACGACGCUGUCCCUUUCGAUAUUCAAAUCAAAAAUGGCUGAAAAGAGAAAUGCUGAUCAGAGAGAGAACCGGUUCACGCUUCAAGCUCUUGCACCUUACUUUUUCUACUUUUUAUAUAUACAUAUUGUCUCGCCUUGAAUUUUGGGAACGAACAUACUUAUUUGUCAGAGUCGGACUAUUUUUGUAGGUUUGUACGCUACGCGGACCUAGCGCGCGUCAUCCCGGAAGACACUCUCGUCAGUCCUAACGGACAAUCGUACCAUUUUUAAACUAGCUAUACGGCUCGUUUACCAUCGCUCUGUUCCUUAACCCCUUGGCGUACUAUUUACUUCACUAGGCAGGUGAUUAUUUCACUAUCAACAAUUUAGAAGAAAUGUAACAAAAUUUUCCAUUCUACUUCAAGUGGAAAUCUCAUUUGAAGACAAUACAUUGAUAGUAGCAAAAUAGUUGUUUGCUUUCCGUGGGUCAUGAACUACAUUGAUUAUUAAAUUAAUCUAGAAAUCUUCGUCGCGAGUCUCACUCGUCAUUGUACGGCAAGGGGUUAAACUCUUCUUCUAGUCGCGACUGCCAUUCGUUCCUUCAUUGUACGGUACACGAUGUAGGUCCAUUCCAUCGUCCCGCGUUUCCCUCCAUCAUAAAAAACGUUCUCGCGGGAUGUGUUCUUGUGUUCCGUUCUGAAAUUCAAACACGAGCGCCGCCACGGAAUCUUUCAUUGCUGCGUAUUCCUUCGCACGAGCUCCCCGUUUUGAUCAUAGCGACUUCUGUCAGACCCCGACAUAAUACUGCACUUUUCCAUCGGUUACGAAUCACCGGCGACACCGUAAACAGCGAACGCCUGCUACGCUUGUUCCCCACGUUUUAAAUGCCGUUGCGUAUCAAAACUGUAUUCUCCUUUUGUUCUGCGUAUUAGCGGGAAGCGUUCAUCAGCGUCCAAAGUGACCACGUAUUAUCUCGUGACCUGACACGCUGCCAAUAGCCGGUUCAAAUGAUCGAUAUAUUUUUGUAAUAAGCGGAGCGACAGAGACAGGGAAACAGGGGGAGAGAGAUAUGUACCAGUUGUAUAUUUGCGGCUAGCAGAGUGUUUUCUCUGUCCGUGGAGAGGGGUUGAUCGUGUACAUAAAUCAGAGGGGUACCAGUGAGACGCACGAGCCUGGUCGAGGUUUCAGGGUUGCAAUUCAGUUUUCAAGGGUGACUCGCAAAAAUAAUUCUUGCCGUCUGGGACUCCUAACAGCCGGUCACGAGCGGCAAGAAUCAUUUGUGCACCGUCUACUCACUUCCAUCAGGACUGUAAUUAAUUGUUAUCAUUAGACUGCGAUCUUUGUGCAGAUUUAUAUUUUCUUUCUUAUGUUAUUUUUCAUGAUGCACGAUAUUAACAUUAGAAUUACCGAGUACUUAAACCGUCUUUUGAGAAUGUCUUUAUAAAAGCUAUAUGCGUGGAUUUAUUAACAUUUCAAUUGGCUUAUACUUCAGUUUAGGUAUUACUAAAUCAACUUCUUUAAUCAUUUCAAGAAGUAUCUGUUUGUUUGCAGUCAUUCUAAAAAAGGAAAUUAGGAAUUGAUCAUUUUGACCCACCUGGUAGUUCUAGUGUUGAGAGGAAACUUAUAAUCUUCAUCUGAAAAUUGAAGGUUAAAGAUGAGGCAGUGAGACAAUUUUAUUUUUACAUUAUGAUUUAUAUGGAUGAAUAUCUUAUUAACACGUUCGCUACCAGCGUCACAUAUUUGUAACGGCUGUAAUUCUAUAUUUUACAUAAUGAAAAUGAAAUUAAUCCUAUAGAUAUUGUUAUUAGGAAUUAUAAACUACGACAUUAUAUUUAGGAACUCAAUGACUCGUUUCAAUUUCAUUUUUCUAAUAUUUUGUUUAGAUAUAUUGGAUUGAAGGAAAUAUUAUAAUUGAGGACACCAUUACCGAAAUAAGCGCUGGUAGCAAACGUGUUAAUGCGUACAGACUGUAUCGUUUCUUUGUAUGAUAAUAUUGAAAUGUCUAAUUGAUAUUUGUCCCCAUUUUGGAAAGUUGAAGAACUUAUCACACUCUGAAGCCUCGCACACCGUCGACGGACAACGAGAUACACGUUCGUGGCCUGCGUCCUGGCCAAAAAUAUCAAUUCAACCAUCCUGAUCAUAGUUUAAUGUACAUACAUAUGUUGUAUAUGUAAAAUAAUUAGCUUGUGUAUAUACAUGCACCAUUGGCGAAUGUGAACAUUGAAGAAGAUUAUUGUAUUCAACCCAGCUUGAAUCAGCUUGUAACUCUUAUCAGUUCAAUCUGUUCAGGCGUGAUUUGAAACUGUAUGUUUCCAUAUACAGCGGAGACCUCUGAGAUUGUAGUUGAACACGAUAAUCCUGGACAGUGUCCGCGGUUGUCCAAGUGCAUUGAAAUUAUGAGAUACAUUCAGGAAUCCGUCGUGGGCAUUAGCAGCUCGAUACACUUUGGUUUUUGUACUACUACUUGUGCACCAGACUAUCUUCGUUAUUAUUGUCGUCACAGAUUUUUAAUGUUGCUAAUGGACAUCUCAGCCGAGUCUUAAUCUCGCUCUAUACAAGAGCACUGUGGGAAGGGAAUCUGAAAAGGAAACAGAGAAUUGAUAAAUUUCUAUGCCAUAGAAACCAGUGGUCUUCAGAGAAUGGAGAAUUUCUUCAGUACUAUUUCAUUUUGUCUGUUCACGCGCGUUACGUCAAGACAUCCACUUGACCGGCCUAAAAAAAGAAACCGUGGAGAUUAUGGGUUUAACGAUUCUCAACAAUUUUGCGUUUCAACAUUCCAUGACCGUCUCUCUGAAGGUAACUUGUUAGCACAGCUACUGUCAAUCACGUUCGUAUUCUUUCCCAGCAGAGAUCGUGAACAAUAUUAUUGGAUUAGGGUCUCUUUGCCUGUAAAACGGAAUGUCUGGAAUUUCGACCUUUGUUCACGGGUGGUCACGGUUUCAUAUGUCACGACCACCCGUUCGCGGCAGACCUACACUUAAAUGGUCACGCGAUCGCACAAAACAAGGAUAUAGAGGAGAGAAACUGAGCGAAUUGUCUGUAUUUAUAAAUCUAUAUUUUACGAGUAACUAAAGAAAGGGGAACCUCUUAACACGUUCAUUGCGGCUCCGCGAACAAGCAGCUACAGAAUCUGCUACAUACAGGAGGGAAAAGAAAUAUUCUUAUCCCACUUAUAUUGCAAAUAUUAUUGUCAAACGAAACCGAGAUAGCUGAAUAUUUUCUUCUCUUAUCGUACUCUCAUUUUUCAAAAUUGUAACACUUCAUUUUCUGGAGAAUUGUCAAUUAUGACUUGAACAGCGGACCAUUUUGGUAACUGAACAGUAGGCAUGUUAUUGUUCAGAUCAAAAUCCGCAUUUCGUCAUUUGGCAUUCCGGUAUUGAUUGAAUUUUUUUAACCCUUUGCACUCCAGAAGUUUUCACUGGAAAUACUCGAUAUUUUCUAAUGAGCUGCAGAUGAUUUUCUGAAAUUGAGUUAACGAGAAAUCAUACGUUGAGGAAGAAAAUAUUGAUCGAUAUUAAACAUCAAGCUUUACAAUUUUACUGUGUCAAAUCAAUUGAUGACUGAGAAUCUCUGGAAUGCGAAGAGUUGACACGUUGAAUGCCACUGAAUUAAUUAGUGAAUUACUAUAGUUGACUCAAUUAAACGAUGAUUAUUUGAAAAAAUUUCUAUAUUACAAAUAAUCCUACCUAAUAUAGUGACAUAUAGCUAAAUCACUGUGCAAUAAUAAUAAUGCAAUUUAAUCAAAUGAUUUAAUAUUAUAUUCUUUUCAUUUCGUGUAUUUUACUUUAUAAAAUCGUGCGUCAUUCAAUGUGUUAACCAUUGUAAUUGAAAAUUCAUAUUAAUGUUUACCUUUAUAAAUUCGAUUCUUUUUCUUUUAUAUCAUUCUUAUGGUUUAUAAUGAAAAUUUGUUGAGUGAGGAUUAAUUAUUAUAUUGAAUGAUAAUUUAUCGGUUCAUUUAGAGUGGAAAAGCAAAUGUAACAAAAGAUAGAUGAAAAGAAGCCCGCAUAGAACGUGUUAAUGUGUUAACGUGUGAGCGAUCGGUACGUGUAUUUGACUAGACGAAGGAAUUAAGUUCGUUUCCGUGGAUCAUGUUGUGUGAGAUGAAUUUCAGGAAUGUAAUUUAAACGAAGGAUAAAGGAUUAACGAUAUAACGAUAAAACGAUAAAUAAUAGAUUAAAUAAUGCUAGGUAUUUCUCGCCCCUCACCCGUCACCCUCCGCAGUUGACGCAAAUCGAAUCGACGUUCUAUGAUCUGUGAUCUACUCGUGUCAGAUUCUUAACGGUAAACCGGAAGGCCGAUUAGUUAGACAAUUUCGAAUUCAAUUCUUACGAACUUUCGUCAGUCGUAAUAUCUUUGAUAAUUUAGAUUUACCUCAUUGCGAAUUGUAAACAUAUAAAGAAGUGGAAGAAUGAGAUACCUAAUUGUGAAUAACACCUAAGCUGUUGCGCAUAUAUUUUAAAACAACAAUAAAUAUUA